AUGCACUGCACGGACUCGCUCCCCAGAGCAAGGGCGACUUUUAAGUCGACUCAAAACUCGUCUCAACCCCACAGCAGGGGCGCACUGCUCACCAAGGGCCAAAAUUUUAUCCCCUCCCCUCCCAUACCAUCCCUUCCCCCGCCCGUCUUCCCCAACCAGCUCCGCACCUGCUUCUCCAACACCGACUUCUGCCCUCCCUCCGACUCACGCCCUAACAACACCAUUCCCCACAUCCCUCGCAUAUGUGCUGGUUAUCCUUUCUUGCGGCAGACGUGCGUGAGAGGCCAGCAAAGCUGGUUGAGGCUGACGGGUGUCCCGUUGGGACUUUUUAGGAGGGACGAGCAGAGGGAGAAGGAGGUGGGUUCAGAGUGGGUAGUGGGAAUGUGGGAUGAAGCGGGAUGGACUUUCUACAACAUCCGAUCUCCUCUGCACCCCCCUUCGCCAUCACUCACUGGCACUGCCUCUCUUUCACCCACCUCACUGCCCUUUCCCUCUGUCUCAUCUGCGCCUUCUUCAGAGGCACCUCACCUCCCACAUUCUCUCGCCACUUCCGCACUCCUACACCAACGUCUGCCCCACAAAUAUGUGCCUCCACGGUGGUGGCUCAUUGCGAUCACCAUGCAGUGUUCUUUCCUCUUCCCUUUCCACCUCCUGUCUUACCACCAGCUCCGCUCGACACCUGCUUCUCCUGCACUGGCUUCUGCCUCUAUCGACACCCUCGGCACCUGCUUCUCCCGCACCAACUUGUGCUUCACCGACUCCCACUCCUAUGGCGAGGUACAAUAUGCUGACGUGGAGGUGCGAGGGAGGCUGCAGGCGAAGCAGGGCGAGGCAGGGCUGCUGGGUGCCCCGUGGCGGUUUUUGAGGGCAGACGAGCGUAGGGGCGAGCAGAGGAAGAAGGAGGUGGGAGAAGAGAAGGUGGUGAGGGGGACGUCGGUCUAUCAUGGUGCAUUAGUGCAGCACCCACCUACCUGUCUCUCUACCUCUGGCCUCCCUCCCCCCUAA